UUUUUGUUUUAUUUAUCUGUAAUUUUUUUAUCUUGUUUGAUUAACAUUUAUUUGGAAUCAUGAUUAUUAAAUCACAUUAUUAAGCUUUGUAGGACAUUGAAACGUUGAAUUUUAACAUUUAUGUAAAGGAAAAGGAAAGAAGAAUAGUAAUUAAGAUCAUGAGAUACCACCCGUUUGAGUGGUUUGCUCUUUUUUGUGCGAGUUUGAUUUGAUAUGUGCUAUUAAUUUGAACGUCUGAUGUACAACCCAGGAACCUGCUACUUCGAAUAAUAUAUGGUUAUAUGGUAUUGAACUGCUUGAUAGUUGUGAGUACUAUAACAUUACUAUUAUGAAGGAAAUAGCAUUGCAGGCUGUGGUUAGAAUGUGGUUGUACCCAGUAGGGCACACAUCAUGUGCCUCUGGCCAAAGCACUUGCAAAUCUUAAGAAAGAAAACUUGGAUCCUAGAACUGUAAAUUAGACAUGAAUCAUAACCUCGAAUGGCAUGAGGCAUUGUGGGCAUUGCUUGAAGCAAUAAAAGAGGUUGUUCUGGAGUAGUAAUGUUGCUAUUGAAACAGAAUAAAGCACUGUGCUAAACUUAAUGAUCCACCUGAAUAUCUUAUCUCUAUUGUUGAAUGCUUCCUCAUUGAAUUUAUAUUGUUGUCCUUACAGCUUCUUAUAUUUGUGUUGGUACAUCUGAUUAGUGGCAAUUGACGUCCUUACCAAUUUUGGGUUUACUUUUUUGAAACAUCUUACAUUUCUGAUGCUUGUGUGUCAAGUUGCUGACUUUCUUUCCAGUAUGCAUGUGCUACUUUCAAUUUGAAAGAAUAGGUAUAUACCUGCUGGAAUAGAACAUAGGCUUGUAGAUGGAUCCAAUGCAGCAUAACUUAAGAGCACCAUGGUUACUUCAUGGUGCAUUGAAGAUGACAUAGAUAACACUGCCUACAACAUACAUAAAAUGUAUGCAUGCAUAUGCAUGCGUGCUUUUAACUUUUGUAUGGUGGGUAGAGCCUUUGUCCUACCUGAAUGAAGCUAAAAAGGAUUGCCUCAACCAAUCUCACAAUUCCUUAAUUGUCUUUUUCUUGGAGGUUUAUAUCUUCAACUACUCUCUUUCUUACUUUACCAGACAUUCAUGCCUCAAGUUCAUCCCAUCCCCUCCAACUUAACUUUUCAUCAUUGAGAUAUGAUUCUUGUGGGCUCUUUCUAAGUCUCGCUUUUCAUCUAAAUAUCUAAUAUUCAAUUAUUGCUUUUAGAUAGGACUUAAACAAAACCCUUAUCAGCUGGCAGAUAUUGAACUUUUAUGAUUGCUACCCAUGAAUAUCUCCUCUUUCAUUGUAACCCCAAUUAGCAAAAUCAUGUCUUUGCAAGUUCGAUUGCUAAUUUUAUAUCAGCUGGCAGAUAGUGAACUUUAAUGACUGACUCUUUUAUUUCUCUUCUCCUUCAUGGUGAUACCAAUUAGCAAAAACAUGUCCACAAGUUCUAUUGCUAAUUUUUAUGGAAGUAUUAGCAAAUAAGAAAUCAAAACUUUAUGUAUAGCCUGAGCAAUUCAUUUUGCAGCAAAUGUCUUGUUUUUGAAAUAGAGGAAAUUAAAAUCUUGUGCUGAGUUGGUUUGGAUUGGGUGACUAUGAUAACUAGAAUAAUGCUAAUUCUUGUAUUUUGUUUUGGCUUUCUGGUCAAAACUAUCUCACAAGAUAUAGGUUGGAUGGGGUAUUGGGAGGGAGAAAUUAAGAAAGGGACAGGAUAAAAGAGAUAGUAAGAUAAGGAUAUUGCAGUGAUAGUCACAGUUCUCAGUGCACUGGAAAAUGUGAUAAAAAGAGAAGAUUGAAAAUUUUAACUUAGUUCUAUUGUUAUAUUUGUUGUGUUUAAUUCUGCUUUGAUGGAAAUUGAUUCCUUGUAUGUAACAUGAUGUGGACAUAUAUAAUUUAUUCUAUUUGUUUGCCUGCAUACAUAUGGCACCUUUUACUUUUAAGGGCAACAAAUCUAUGAUAAUACUUGUCCAUAGUGUAACACUAGUGCCUUUCUGCUAGUUGUGCUACUACUCAGUCUGUCCUUAGAAGGGGAAAUGUUUUUUGCUUUUGAUGAUGGAAAAUCUCUAUCAGGAUCUCUGCCAUUUCUAAAAUACAGUGAUUCGUUCAACUCCAAACUCCAGGUACCAAGUGAUGGAGAUUUUGCAAUGGAAAAGAGAAAGGCUGAAGAGCAUAAUCAGUUACAAAGAAAAAGGAAAAAGAAGAAAAACAAUUUGGGUAUUCCUCGUCCUGCAUGCUCAUGGGUGCAUUUUAGCCGAGAGUUUAUCAAGGAGUAUAGUGCUUCACAUCCUGAGUCAUCUGGCCUUAAAGCUGCCACAAAGGCAGCAUCAGAUGCUUGGAAGUCAAUGAGCCUGGAGGAGAAAGCAAAGUAUACUAGGCGUGCUCGUGAGGUGUGGGAUGAUUACUUGAGCACAGCUCCUGCCCGUAUCCCCAAGCCAAGGAAACAGACUAAGCUAGUCACAAGAUGCUCUCCUGGCCGCUUAUUUAAUGUGCUACAGAGCCUUACCUCAGAACAAAAGGAGGCAGUGAAGAGCAUGGGAUUUGGCAGCCUUCUUGGCCUCAGAUGCCGGACUCUGCGCCGCAGUCUGUGUCUUUGGCUACUGCAGAGGUUUAAUACUACAGGACGCAGCUUGGAUAUUUGUGGUGAGCGAAUUCCUUUAUCUCCAAAAGAUGUGGAGUUUGUGAUAGGAUUAACGGCAAGUGGGAAGGAUGUGGUUAACUCAGGGUCUGAUGAUUUAAUUGCUGAUCUACGCCAAAGCUAUAAUGCUACAAAUCGUGGUAUUUCAGUACGCCUAUUAGAAGAGCGGUUGAAAGCUACAGAAGCAGGUGAAGAAUUUAAAAGAUCAUUUGUCCUAUAUGCAUUGGGCACUCUCUUAUGCCCAACAGCAAGGCUGGAUGUUAGCCCUUCAUUUCUUCACUUCUUAACGGAUAUGGAUGUUAUCCAUCAGUAUAACUGGGGAAAGUUCUUACUUGACCGUCUAGUUCGGGAGGUAUCUCGCUUUCGCCAAGGGAAGCAACGUGCAGUUGGUGGUUGUCUUUUGUUCCUUCAGCUCUUUUAUUAUGAGAGAAUCUCCGUUGAGGGAUCUGAUGCUUUAGUCCCCGCUCCAGCGCCAUGUUUAUCUUCAUGGGGCGAGGAAGAGAUUACUGAAAGAGAAAAACGAGAAAGAGAACUUGGUGGCUAUGGUCUUGGGGAGGUGAUAUCCAAGGAUAGAUGCAUCUGUUUGGAGUCAUCAGAGAGCAGGAGCCAACUUUCUGGUCCUCCAACAGGGAAAACAAGCACUGGAGUUGCACAUAGUUCUGUAUUUGAACAGGAUGAAGACCAGACAGAUGUUCCAAAUAUUCUUAAGAGCAGUAGCAUCGUAGCAGGGGAAAUUGAGGUGGUUGUGGAACCGAUUAGAGUACUAUGCCGAAACAAAGAGUACGGAUGCAACAGAAUACUGGACUAUAAUGAGAAUCACGAAGAAGCAUGCAUCUUUUCACCUUGUGCAUGCCCACUUCAAAACUGUAACUUCAUUGGGUCGUCUGAGCAAUUAUCACUACAUUUCAGCAGUAAACAUUGGGACUCUGGAAGGCGUUUCAGGUACAACUGCCCUUUGUCAGUCUCAUUGAGUGUGGAUGAACAAUGCCUUGUUCUUCAAGCAGAAGAGGAUGGUGUUCUUUUUCUCCUUAGCAGGGGUGUUGAGAGCAUUGGGAAUACAGCCACUAUUACAUGUAUAGGACCAAGCUCAUCGAAGGAAAAAUUCUUUUACGAUCUUAUAGCCGGUAGAGGAGUCAGCUCUUUAAGAUUAAAGUCAUUGACAGAUUACUUUCCUGGAAGGGUGGAAAGUUUCCCUCCUAUGGAUUUUCUUUUGAUUCCAUUUCAUUUUCUUAAUUCUUCUGGGCAGCUUGAAUUAGAAGUUUGUAUAUGGAAUUCAAAAGAACUUGGCGCAGAUUGUUAUUCUUAGAUUAAGUGUUAAGAGUUCAUUGUAAAUCAUGAUUGAUUAGGGUUGGAUUUGGGAAGUUAUGCCUUUUUUUUUUAAUAAUACUUGAGAGAGGAUUCAAAUUUGAAUUGUUA